AUGGAUGGGAAACAAUCCUCCACUCAAGAGGCUGCUUCCCCGGAGGAAGGCAGGUUUCCUGCCCGGCUGGGGGAACGGGCUGGGAAAGGAGGACCCACCACAGGGAGGCCUAAAGGCAAAGGAUCCAGGAUCCUAUCCAGCCCAGGAGGGAACAAUCCUCCUCAAAUGAGGAGGCUUCCGGAAAGGAGAAGGCACGUCCUCCUGCCAGGAUUGGGGAAGCCGGUCCUGAGGAUGGACCCACCACAUGGGGUUGAGGCCCUAAAGGCCAAAGGAUUCGAAUCCUAUCCAGGGCCCCAAAUGGAGGGAACAAUUCCUCCUCAGAGGGCGCUUCCCGAGAAGGCAUUGUCCCCUCUGGCCAGGCUGGGGGAAGGCGGGGCCUUUGAGGAUGGACCACCACAGAGGCCUAAGGCCAAAGGAUCCAGAUUCUCAUCCAGGGCCCAUGGGAAAGGGGAACAAUCCUCCUCGGGAGGCGCUUCCCAGGAGGAAGGCAGGUUUCCUGGCCAAGGCCCUGGGGAAGCCGGGCCUGAGGAGACACACCACAGAGGCGCUAAAGGCAAAGGAUCCAGAUCUAUCCAAGCCCAAUGGAAGGGAACAAUCCUCCUAGAGGCCUCUUCCAACGGAGGAAGGAAGGUUUCCUGCCAGGCUGGGGAAGCCCCGGGUGCAGGAAGGAUGGACCCACCACAGAGGCUUAAAGGACCAAAGGCUCCAGAAUCCCAAUCCAGGCCCAUGGGGAAGGAACAAUCCUCCUCAGGGAGGUGCCAUUCCCGGAGGGAAGGCAGGUUUCCUGGCCAAGGCCUGGGGAAGCCGGGCCUGAAGGAUGGACCACCACAGAGGCUAAAAGGCCAAAGGAUCCAGAUCCUAUCCAGCCCAUGGAAGGGAACAAUCCUCCCUCAAGAAGGCGCUUCCCGGAAGGAGAGCAGGUUUCCUGCCAGGCUGGGGAAAGUGCUGAGGAUGGACCACACAGAUGCUUAA